CGCUCUGUGUUUUGCCAUUUGUGUUUACAUCGUCGCUCGAGCGCCGGCAGCCCGACUCGUCUCGAGAUCGCGACAGCCAUACAAGCUCGCGGCUCCGAUUUGUCAGUUCUCCGCCGCAAGCCUCAUCAUUGGGUUCAGCUCGCGGCCCGCAAAGUGAAACAAAGGACGUUAAAAAGAAACAAUGAUUAUCCCAGAAAGUAGCAGCGACAGUAGCGAGGGAGUUGUUCCCGGUAGUCCUCAACAUCCACAUAAUAUUCCAGGUAGAGUUGAUCUGCUCCUGCGAGAAUUCGGUCGCGUAGGAUGGUUAUUCCAAGAUAAACAUGUUUUGGAUAUCGGAUGCGCUGACGGUAGAAUCACUUGUCGUAUAGCCGAAGAAUUUUUUAUCAGUACUAUACGGGGUAUUGAUCUUGAUGCGGACAAUAUCGAGCACGCUAUAAGCAAUAUCGUACGUCCGGGGGCUCGACAGAUCUACUUCUGUCGAGAAGACUAUAUACCGCAAAACGAGGCUGAAUUAAAUGCUGAAUUUGAAACUGAGUAUAAUACGAUUUUGUGUUUGGCGGUCACCAGAUCGUUGCAUCUCAGAGGCGGAGACGAAGGUUUGAAAUUAUGCUUUAGGAAAAUGUACAAACAGUUGAAGUUUGGUGGAACAUUAAUUCUUGAACCAAAUCCAUUCUCGACUUACGAUCGAGUGAGAACAUCUCAGAAUGUACCCUCACCUGGACUUUCGUCGAUAUCUUGAGAGCAUUGGUUUUCGACACUAUUCAACUCUAAGGACAUACUACUAUCCAUCACUUACUUUAUACGUAAAGCGCCCGCUGGAUACUGUUCCAAUUCCACAGAAAACAAUCAAAACCCCAACGUCAAAAAAACGCAGAAAAAAAACCAAAACGCCGUCGCCGAGAAAAACCCCGAUCAAGUGUCUGCGCUUUUAGAAAAUACAUCAGAGAUAGCGGGAUCCGACCAUUUGUCAGCAGACGAGGAUCAGGAUGACAUAUAUAUACUCAAAGUGUGAAGUCCGAAAUUAGCUUCACGCGUUGAAUUUUUAAUUGUAACCAUUGACAAGAUAAAGCCCGAGGCGUAGGUACUAUACCGAAGAUUUCGGAUUCGGUCUUGGAUCAUAGCGUUUAUAAUUUAAUGUUCGGAACUAAGAUAAUAUAGAUAUCUAUACAUAAAUUUAUUCAUUGACCUUGACAAUGCAUUUUAAAAAAUAAUCGAUUAUUUUUUACACUAAAAUUUGUAUAAACUACAAAUGUGUUACGAAUAUACGUGUGCGACGUAUGCGAUCUAAACUAUACCGAUAAAAUAGCGAGAGAAAAAUUUGAGAAUCUCAAAUUUCAACAUUCAAUGCAUAUCACGAUAUUUUUAAAACUAACGUAAUCCGUAACGUCGAUGGUCCAUCAAUAAAUCCAUCUGUAAAUAUUUUAAAUGAAUUAACAAAGCACGUAUUGUAAAUAUUAUCAUAUCCCAUGAUAUAGAAAUUUUUAAUGUACAAUAGUGUAUAUAAUUGAACGCGAACACACUUGCUGUUCGGAUAUAUUGAUAAAUACAUUUGUUAAAUAAAAACAAUUUUUAUACUCGAA